GUUUGAGAAACAAAACGAACGCGCAUAUACACACCUACACCUUACCCAAUUGCUCCCAAUUCUCUCUCUCUCUCUCUCUCUCUCUCUCUCAUUUUAUUCCAUAGAAAUAGAAAAGUAGUGUGUUGAUCAUUCAUUUCCUAGGGUUAGGGUUUUUGUGGGCUUUUUUUGAUCGAUCCAUUUGUUUGUUUGAUUGAUUGAUUUCGGUAUGGUUGCUGAGGGCGAGUCAGCGGAGUCGAGCGUCGUCGGCGUUGACGGUGGUGAAGAAGUCACCAUCAAUGUUCGAUGCUCUAACGGAUCCAAAUUCUCUGUGCGAACGACCCUCGACUCGACGGUCGUGGCUUUUAAAGCUGUUCUAGCGCACAACUGCGAAGUUCCCGCUGAUCAGCAGAGGUUGAUUUACAAAGGUCGGAUCUUGAAGGACGACCAAAACCUAGCUAGCUAUGGUUUACAGGCAGAUCACACUGUCCAUAUGGUGCGUGGGUUUGCUCCAGCCACAUCAACACCUACUCAUACUGCUACUGCCACUGCCAAUCCUAAUCCUAAUCCCACUUCAGGAGUUGCACAGAAUGUUGGUUCAAACGAAGGUGGGGGCUUUGGUGUUGCUGGUCUUGGGGCAUCUUUAUUUCCUGGCCUUGGUUACAAUGCUCUUGGUGGCUCUGGAGCAUCUGGUUUAUUUGGAGCUGAGCUUCCGGAGUUUGAACAAGUGCAGCAACAAUUGACUCAGAAUCCCAACAUGAUGAGAGAAAUAAUGAACAUGCCAGCCAUCCAGAGCCUAAUGAACAAUCCUGACCUAAUGCGCAGCUUGAUCAUGAGUAACCCUCAAAUGCGUGAGCUCAUUGACCGGAAUCCUGAGCUUGCUCAUGUUCUCAAUGAUCCUGGCAUCCUUCGGCAGACAUUAGAAGCAGCAAGGAACCCUGAGCUCAUGCGGGAGAUGAUGCGAAACACUGACAGGGCAAUGAGUAACAUUGAAUCUUCUCCUGAGGGAUUCAACAUGCUCAGACGAAUGUACGAAAAUGUUCAGGAACCAUUUCUCAAUGCUACAACAAUGGCUGGAAGCACUGGAAAUGAUAUGGGUUCAAACCCAUUUGCUGCUCUUUUGGGGAAUCAAAGUGGUGGCACCCAAACCAGAGAUGGAUCUAACAAUCCUUCAACCACUGGGUCUGAAACAACUACUGGGUCUACUGCUGUUCCAAAUUCCAAUCCACUUCCUAACCCUUGGAGUGGUACUGGUGCAGGUUCCCAAGCUAACACUACUGCAACGGCAAAUCCUACUGGGAAUGCAAGGGCGCCUGGCAUUGGUGGGCAAGGAGGGCUUGGUCUUCCGGAGAUGGAGCGCAUGUUUGGCAUGCCCGACCCUCCUGCAUUGAAUCAACUCUUGCAGAAUCCAGCUGUUUCCCAAAUGAUGCAAAGCUUACUUUCCAACCCUGAGAGCAUGAAUCAGUUUCUUGGUCUGAAUCCACAACUCCGUGGUAUGCUCGACAUGAACCCUCAGUUAAGAGAAAUGAUGCAAAACCCAGAAACUAUUCGGCGAUUAACCUCGCCUGAGACAAUGCAGUCUUCUUAUUUCUUGCAGCAAAUGUUGGCUUUACAGCAGGCACUUCAGCUUAACCGGCUGCAAUCAACGCAGGAACCAACUCAGACUGGUGGGACUCAAGCAACGCAAAACAAUAUGGGACUUGAGUUGUUGAUGAAUAUGUUCGGUGGACUUGGAGCUGGUGGCCUGGCUGUUCCAAAUACACCCGAAGGGCCACCAGAAGAGAUUUAUGCAACUCAACUGUCACAGCUUCAAGAAAUGGGUUUCUUUGAUACCCAAGAGAAUAUCAGGGCACUACGUGCCACCUCGGGUAAUGUUCAUGCUGCUGUGGAGCGACUUUUGGGAAACCCUGGCCAGUAAUCUAGUUGACCUGUUUUGCUAUUUAAUCAGAGAUUCAGUUGGGAGUGUAAAAGUAAUUCGAUUUGGACCAGUGUUUUUAUGAAAGACAAAAGAGGUGUUGGCACUUUUCAGUUACAUUUGGGGCAGCAUGAAUAAGAAAGUACACACUUCAAUGGUAAGAGAUGUGAACUUGGAAGACAAAAGGCUUUUGCAUUACCAGAAUUACAUGCCCUCCUCCCCUUCCCUUCUGCCAGUGUGCUGAUCAUGUACAUACAUCUUUGAAGUAUUUUUUCUGUGAAAUGUUUUCAAAUUCUAUCGAAUAUUUAAGGAUGUCGGUGAUAUGAUUCCUGCCCUGUUCAAUUUUGUUUUUACAAAUUUUUUUUUUGGGAACAUCCAUUGUGGUGGGAAAUUUGUGGUUUUUUAAUUAAGAGUUGGGUUAGAACUGCAACCAAAUACCAGUUUACAGCAGCAGAUUGAGUUACCA